GCUCAUGGAUAUCGAGCCGGCUGCAAGGAAGCGCCACGUUUGGUCUUAGAGAACAACACAAAACCGUGAGAUCAAAUACUGUACAUCCUCUUUUGUUUUAUGUUAGAGUCGACUGACUGGAUGAAAAGAGCCUCAUCUAUUGAGUCACAUCAGAGAUUCGUGGUUGCGUAUAAGAGAAAAGUUGAAUUGGAUGGCAAUGUCCCCUCGACGAAGCGCACGGCUGAGAGGGCUAGACGCCGAUACCGAGAAGUCGCCUGAAAAGAACGAUUACAUCAACAACACCCGACAAGAAGUGAUGACCGAAGUCAAUGGGAAACAACAGAAGCCAAAAGAGCAUAGAAAACCGUUGAUACCGCCAGACGACCGCUGGAGUAUCGGAGUUUUAUUGUUUCUCUAUGUUCUUCAAGGGAUUCCUCUUGGACUAGCGGGGUCAAUUCCUCUGUUGCUCGCCAAAAAAGUCGGAUAUAAACAGCAAGCUAUGUUUAGCUUUGUUUAUUGGCCUUAUAGCGUGAAACUGCUCUGGGCACCUAUUGUAGAUGCCGCAUUUUUUUCAAGAUUUGGUCGUCGAAAGACGUGGCUUGUCCCAGUUCAAUACUUGAUCGGUAUUUUUAUGCUGAUUUUGUCAAAUCAUGUUAGUUAUUUACUAGGUGAAGUUGAGGGGAGCACUCCAAAUGUCUUCCUUCUUACUGCUGUGUUCUUCUGUCUGAACUUUCUCACUGCCACCCAGGAUAUUGCAGUAGAUGGCUGGGCACUGACCAUGUUAUCGCGGGAGAAUGUUGGUUGGGCAUCUACUUGUAACACAGUAGGACAAACAGCCGGUUACUUCCUUGGCAAUGUAGUCUUUCUUGCCCUCAGCUCUUCUGAGUUCUCUAACAAGUAUUUGAGAUCAAUACCUCAGGAACAGGGUGUUGUGGAUCUGGGGGGGUUUCUGUUUUUCUGGGGUAUUGUGUUUCUGGUCACAACAACUGUUAUUGGCAUAUUCAAGCAUGAGAAGUCUGAGGAGGAGCUCCAUGGCGAGGAUCACCAGAGUGAUGGCAUUGCAUUGAUGUAUGUGAAGCUCUGGAAGAUUGUAACUCUCCCUGCCGUACUCAAGUUUAUUGUCAUUCUUCUUACUUGCAAGGCUGGUUUUGCUGCUGCUGAUGCUGUAACUGGGCUGAAACUUGUAGAAGCAGGUGUUCCCAAAGAGAACCUAGCCAUGCUAGCUGUACCCAUGGUGCCAAUACAAAUUCUACUUCCACUUUUCAUCAGCAAGUUCACUUCAGGCCCUAGGCCUCUGGAUGUGUUUCUAAAAGCAUACCCUCUAAGGCUAUGUUUUGGUCUGGUGUUUAUUGCUUGUGUCUGGUGGGCCAAGAAUGUCCGCAGCCCUGGACAGGAAUAUUUUCCUUGGUACUUUUAUGCUGGAAUCCUAGUGGUUUAUGCUCUCCACCAGAUGACCCUAUACUCUAUGUUUGUGCCUAUAAUGGCAUUCCAUGCGCGUGUAAGCGAUCCUAGAGUCGGUGGCACAUACAUGACACUUCUCAACACCAUCACUAACCUUGGCGGCAACUGGGGCCCUACUGUCGCCCUGUGGCUAGUGGAUGAGUUAACAUGGAGUCAGUGUUUAGGGCUACCUGGUGAUGAACAAUCACCAUGUGGUAACGCUCUACUUCAAAAAACUUGUACUGAUGCUGGAGGAAAAUGUGCUAUAACUGUUGAUGGAUACUAUAUUGAGUCUGUCAUCUGUGUUGUUAUUGGAUUUCUAUGGCUGCGUUGGAAAGCAAGGGACUGUCGGCGCUUGCAAGAGCUCCCACCAGAAGCAUGGUCUUGUCAUUAGGCUAUGCCGUAUACCCAAGAGAGCAUAAGUAUCUUAUAGAGGGGUCCAAUCCCCCAAGCAACAUUAAUCUUUCUUUGAUAUGGACACAUAAUAGAAUACAAUUCAGGGGAUUUCCACUAUUUCAUUUUUGCUGGAGUUUAUUCUUUUUGAAUAAUAAUGAGAUUUUCUUAACAUGGUGUAAAAAAAGGCAAAAGAUAAUUGUUUUAUGGUUAUAUUUAGAAGUGUGCAAUUGGUAAGUUGACAUCUAUGGCCUUUGAGAAAAAGACUAGCUCGGCCCAGGAAUGUAUCUUUUUUUCAGUGAAUGCGCAAAAAUGAAUAGGUGUCUUGCAAAUGUGUGCUCACUCUGUUUUUUAGUGUCAAGGUAACGACAAGUAAAAACACUUUAUAAUGUGCUUACAAAUAGGCCAGAAAAUUUCUUUUUUUUAAUUUCAUUUAAAGAUAUUUUUUUGUCAUUUUCUGACGUGAUUGGCUUAAAUUUGCCUCUGAAAAGGUCAUGUGAUCAGCUAGUGCAAGUUGCCUAUGGAACAAUUACCAAGGCAAAAGUUCAUCUUGUAAUAGGUCACCAGAUCUAGAAACUUUUUCUAUUCAAAUGCACCAAUGAAAUUAACUGUCUUUUUUUUAGUACUUAAAAGUACCAACUUAGGAGGCGACCGGAGUCAAACUCAACUUAUCACAUGAGCAGGGUGAGGUCCAUAUCCCUUGGAUUCCCCCCCCCCCCUCCCCCCCCCCCCCCCCCCCCCCGCUGAACAAGGAUCAUACUCUCAUUUUCUCUAAUAAUAACAAAUUUUAAAUAUUUAUGUAUUUAUACCAUUAUCAGGUUUGCAGUAAUCAAAUAUAAUCAUGUUUUUAUUAUUAUGUAUUAUAUAUGAGGGGAUGGCAUUACUAACCCAUCCAGGCUUACAAAAGCGGGACUUCAAGUCGAAUACCAGUUUUUUGGUGUAUCCCAAUAAUAAUAAAACCUAUGACAACCAAA